AUGGAAAGAUCUAAAGAACUCUAUGCCAAUGGUAAACAGAACUUAGAGGCAAACCUGAUAUAUCAGGAGGUAACAGAAUCAUCAUCAGUACCACAAACCAAGAAGUACAAGAAAUGGCUCAGUAUCUCCAUUUAUGUAUUCUUUGUCCUUACCUGCCAAGCAGUUUCUACAAUUCUGAGCAGACUGUACUAUGAAAAUGGUGGAAAGAGCACCUGGUUGGUAACGCUUGUCCAGCCCAUUGGCUUCCCUCUUUUGUUGCUCUUUCGCUUCUUCUCACAAGCCGAAAAAACUGAUCAAAGUUGCAGAUACUUCGCUUGCUUCACCACUCUUGGAUCAGCUAACAUUUGUCUUGGACUCUUAGGAUCCGCUAUCGCUUAUAUCUCCUCUGUUGGGUUGCUUUACUUACCUGUUUCUACUUUCUCCCUAAUCUUUGCUUCGCAGUUAGGCUUCACUGCCUUCUUCUCAUAUUUCCUCAACUCCCAAAAGUUCACUCCUUUUAUCAUCAAUUCUCUGUUUCUCCUUACUGUUUCCUCUGCACUUCUCGUGUUCAACGAUGAGUCGCAGAACGCAAGAAAUGUGUCUAGCUUAGAAUAUAUGAUAGGCUUCAUAUGCACCAUUGGUGCUUCUGCUGGGAGUGGACUUAUACUAUCUCUCGAACAAGUAAUCAUCAGGAAAGUUUUGAAGAAGCCUACCUUCUCAGCAGUCAUAGACAUGGUUAUUUACCAGUCUCUAGUUUCAAGUUGUGUUGUGCUGAUGGGACUUUUUGCAAGUGGGGAGUCGAAAACUUUGACAAGUGAGAUAGAAAGCUACAGACUUGGGAAGGUAUCAUACGUUGUGAAUUUGGCCUCUGCUGCUCUAUCUUCGCAAGUCUACACUAUUGGUGUUGCCGGAUUGAUCUUUGAAUCGUCUUCUGUGUUCUCCAAUACCAUAUCUGCUGUGGGAUUGCCUAUUGUGCCAGUGGUAGCUGUGAUAGUUUUCAAUGAUAAAAUGGAUGCAUCUAAGAUCUUCUCCAUCAUUUUAGCUAUAUGGGGUUUCCUUUCAUUUGUUUAUCAGCAUUACCUUGACGAAAAGAAGUUGAAGUCUUGCCACACAAGCCUUGUCUAG